UUUCCUUUAUUCUUUCUCUAAAGAGAAGACCCUCGACUUAUCAAACGAUUCAUCAUCGUCUUCUUCUUUGUGUCUCGUAGAAGCGUUGUGCCUGGAAGUGUGCUUAAAAUUUCAAUGGAUCGAUCUCAAUUACUGCUAUUAGGGUUACCAAUCUUUCUAUUAUUUUCAGACAUUUUAAAUCUAUUCACAGUAUCACCGCCACCUCCAAAACCCACUCAACAUGUUCAUAAAAUCCAAUCCAAUCACAAUCAUCUUCUCCAACAACCCCAGCCCCAGUCCCAACCCCUUCAAUUUCCAACUCAGAAAUCAUCAGACGUUAUUGGAGGAGCAGGAGGCCUUACUGGCAUUGGAAACACUGUUAAUAUUGACUUCUGCGCUUCUUGUUCUUACAGAGGAACUGCUAUGACUAUGAAAAACAUGCUGGAAUCACAAUAUCCAGGGAUUAAUAUCGUUUUGGCAAACUAUCCUCCCUCAUUUCCAAAGCGCUUAUUGAGCAAAGUUGUUCCAGUUGUUCAAUUUGGAAUCAUUGGAUUAAUAACGGCAGGUGAACACAUUUUUCCACGGUUAGGAUUUGCAGUUCCACCUCCUUGGUACUACUCUUUACGUGCAAACAAGUUUGGAAGUAUUGCAAGCACCUGGCUCUUUGGAAAUUUCAUCCAAUCGUUCCUCCAGAGUUCUGGUGCUUUCGAAGUAUAUUUCAAUGGUGAACUGGUUUUCUCCAAGCUGUCAGAAAACAGGUUUCCUGGUGAGAUUGAGCUGAGGGAUCUUGUUGGCCAAAAACUUGCUAUAACAAGAACUGUUCAGUGAUGGAGGUGUCUUGUCAUAGUGCCCUGACAAGAGUAGCAAAUUCGAUUUUCAAUGCUAGUUACGUGUAUCUCAUAAGCAUGUCUUAGUAAGCAGGUAUACUAGAUAAAAUGGCAUUUUUACCUGUUUGUAACCUCUGCUUUGAUACGUUUUCCUGAGAGACAUUAAUUGUGAAAGGAAUAUUCACAUCUUCAUGAAGAUCGUUCAUCUGUUUCUUACAA